AUGAAGGACAAAGAGAAGGACAAGAAGUCUGCCAACUUCUCAAGCCUUCUGUUUGGUAACAUCACAACAUCAGGUGAAUUAGAUGUCGAGGAAGACUCAUUCUUUGAUAAGCAAUUGAGGAGUGAUCUAGAUGCAAUAACAAAGAAAGGAUCAUUGUUUAGUAUAAAGAACUUGGGUGUUGAUGCUGAUGAUACUGAUAAGAAUGCAGUCGAUGAUAAUCAGGUCUCGGGCAGGACAGCCGGUGUAGACUAUGAAGAUAUUGAUGAGCUGGCAGAAGAGAUCAAUUCAAUCGAAAACCAGAUCAACAAACAGAAUGCAGAGAAGCUUGCUAAGCAGGCUGAGGAGAACAUUGCAAAGUUGGCACAGCGCUAUGUUCUCAACAACAACAACAACAACCAGAUCAACAAUGGUGCGACAGGAGGUCUCAAACCAUAUACUGCGACAACCUUUGCCACACCCGCUCCACCAGUGAGGCCCAAGAAGAUUGAAGACGACUUUGACUUUGAUGCCGAUGAAGAGGAGGCGACUACAACAACCACGACGACGACAACAGCAUCAUCAGCAAUAGCCGCAACAACAGCCGCCCCAAAAACAAAGGAUGACGUGGAGAUGGAGGAUGAGGAUGAGGACGAGACAGACGACGAACAAGAGUCAGCAGACGAGUCUGACGAGGAGAUGCACGAGCAGAGAGUGACAGAGCUGGAUGGCGAUGACUUGCAGACGACAGAGAGCAUAGAGAGCAAGAGGAAGAGGAGACAAAAGAAGUUCAAGCCGACCGCGGCAGCUGUACUAGAGGCCAUCCGAACGAUAUUGGACAAGCCGUCCAACUUUAGCUUUGAAAAUGCAGAGUACAGGACGUUCUGCUCUGGCAACAACCCGGACGGCGACCCCAUCUUUAAGUUCUCCAACCUGUUUGCGCCAAAGUUCCCCGCCAACCUGAGGCGGCGCGCCAAGCGACAUAAACAGCCACCACCUCUGACGAUCACCGAGGAGAUUUUGGAGCCCGACGAGCAGACCAGCUUCAACAGCGCCGUCCCCACCACGGCUGGCGAGCCAACCACACUGGCAAAGACGGCGAGCGCAGUCAGCUCCCCCAUACUCAAGUCCACGUCGGACGAUCGCAAGGACUACUACAUGCUGCUGUUACAUCAUCAGAAGCUUCAGCAGCAGCUGCAAGACGACGAGCCCCUGUUUGAGCCCAUUCGCGAAAAGACCGAGGAGGAGCUUAUCAAGGAGUUCCAGCAGUUGCCCGAUGAGAAAUACAAUGCCCUGGCAUUCGCGGAUUGGGAAGACCAGAUCAUUUGGGAGGAGAAGGAGGAUCUGCCAUUCUCCAAGUCCAAGCAACAGUCUGGCGGCACUCAUACACAAACUCCCAUCUUCCUGACCAACAGUGUCCAGAUUGAUGUGCCCGAUGAAUAUCAGCUCGUCGACGAGAAGAGCAAGAAGCGCAAGAGAUGGGGAGAACUGGUCGAGACGACAACGACCAAACAUGACGACAACAACAAUAAGAACAGCGGCAACAGUGGUAUCGACUUUGUAUCCAACAUCAAUGGAGAAUGGUCAUUGUUCUCACUUCAGAAUAGUGAGCUGGAGAAUGGCGACUGGGUCAACGACAUCAUCUGGGACGAAUCAGCGAUGAACUACAAGCCCAAGAUCAGUUGUUUGAUCCUGGACCUCAACGAUAAGAACAUGCUCUUUGAAGAGAACAUUGUCAAGAAGUCCGAGACAGCCGAGUCAUCAGACGCAGCGGCAGGUGCCACAGGCAAGAAGGGCAAAUCCAAAAAGAAGGCUGCCCUCGCCGCAGCCAGCGACCCCAACAACAACAACAGCAGCACCAACGCACUCACACACCAGCUGAGCAACAAUGAGAAGUUCAACCUCUCCAACGACAAGUUCUACAAGACGGUUGGCAAGAGCAAGGUGCGCCAACAGAGUGGCAAGGUGUCGAUCCAUCACUCAGUGCCAGCACUCAAGCUCUCGCUGGUCAAGACGAACCUCACGAUCGAGGACCUGAUCAACCUGCAUCGCCCGGUCAUCUUCUUCCCGCCCGGCCACUCAUUCCGCGUGGCCCUGUUCCACAAGGACCGUCUGGAGGACAAGACCAAGCAGCGCGGUGCCAAUCGCUCGGACCCUAUGCGACACAAGCUGGAGCUGUCGGCACGCGAGGGCCGUGUCGUGUUUGUCGAGUACAUGGAGCAGCAUCCACCACUGCUCAGCAACGUGGGCAUGGCAACGCGCAUCUGCAACUACUACAGACGUAAGCCAAACGAUGACCAAUUCCUCAACUUUGACGAUGGAGAGACCAUCGUACUGGACCACAACGACGAGUCACCAUUCCUAGGCGAGAUCAACCCGGGUAUCGCCAUCCAGGGCAUGGUCAACAACCUGUACAAGGCGCCCAUCGCCAAGCACAACCCCAACCCCAACGAUUUCCUGCUGAUACGCUCGCGCGACGGCAAGAAAUGGUACAUCCGUGAGAUGGGCACCACCUACACGGCCGGUCAGAUGAUGCCCGAGCUCGAGGUGCCCGCGCCCAACAGCCGUGGUGCCAACAUGUUCCUCAAGAGCAGGCUGCAGACGUUCAUCUACCGCAUGUUUAUGAAGAAGAGCAACGUGCAGAAGCGUCUAAAGAUCAGCGACGUUUGCAACGCCUUCCCCACACAGUCCGAGACAUCGAUACGCAAGCGUCUCAAGGACUGCUCCGACUUCCAGAGGGGCGGCGACGACAGUGGCUCGUGGACCGUCAAGGACAACUUCCUUUUGCCCACCGAGGAGGAGCUUCAGAAGCUGGUGUCGCCCGAGCUCGUCUGUUGCUACGAGUCCAUGAUGUACGGCCUGCAGUUGCUGCAGGACAAGGGCAUCAUUCACUUUACCAACGCUGGCACCAUCCCAACGAUGCUCAGUGGCCUGGAUGAGAAUGACGCUCUCAAGAAGAAGUGCAAGCCCGUCGAGGACGAGCUCAACCUGACACCGUGGAACCUCACCUCCAACUUUGUCAUGGCCACACAGGGCAAGGGCAAGCUGCAGCUUGUUGGCGACGACCCCCGCGGUGAGACCUUUAGCUAUCUCAAGAUGCCCCAAAAGGUGGUCAACCAGAAGCAAAAGGCCAUCAAGCAGGCGCUGCAAAAGAACCAGGUCACAGGCACAGACGCCGAUCUGAGGAAGCUGUCACUGAAAGAGUCGCGACUCGUCCUGCUCAAGCUGGGCGUCACAGAGGAGGUCAUCAACAGUCUCACACGUUGGAAGCGUAUUGCGCUGGUCAGGAAGAAGUCGUCCGAGGCCGCCACCAAUGGUGGUAACGAGGACGGCAUGACCAAGUUUGCCAGAGGCUCACGUUACUCGCUGGAUCAUCAACAGCUACAGCACAAGGAGCAAUGUCAGGAGAUCUUCAACACACAGAUCAACUUCAUCUCGAGCAAUGAGGCCGACGAGGCAGACCUUGACGCCGACCUCGAAGAGGACCUGCAAAACUUGGAGGAGAGUCUGUUCGCCGAGGAGGAACCGAAACGCAAGUCGACAGGCAAGCGCGAUAGGUUUGGACGCAAGAUCGACGAGGACGAGGAGGAUGAAGAGGACAAGGCCGAGUUCAACAAGCUCAUGAACGAAAUGAACUCGAACCCACCAUCACCAGUGAGCAAGCAGAGCAACAGUCAGGCGGCCACCACCACAACCACAACAACCACUUCAACAUCGUCCGCGCACGAGCGUGAUCACGACAGCAGUGGAGACGAGUCAGAGAUGUCGUUCAUGUCGCAUGGUGAGAUGGAGUUUGUCAAGCGUGUGACACUUUUCCCCAAGCCCGACGGCAGUCUCUAUCGCAGAAUAGAGAUCAUCAGAGACCCAGCCGUCAUCAGAGAGUAUCGCAAGCGCAGAGCCAAGCGCAUUGCAAGCGGUGCCAUUCCAGACGAGGACGACAUGAGACGACAGCGCAAGAAGCUUCAGGAGAAGCUUCGUCGAUUGAAGAGCUCAGGCGUUGGCAUUGGUGCCAACAAGCCACCCACACCAGGACAGGGUCCCAUCGUCGACUUCUCACCAUCAGUAUACAACAUGCCCAUGCAUCAACAACAACAACAACAGUAUCAGCAGCCAAUGAUGGGCAUCAGCUCUGGAAACAUAUCAAUGCGUGGCAGCGGUGUGUUCCCUGAGCCCGCACCACUGGCCAGCCCAACCAACGCGCCCACCAAGAUCAAGAUCCCCUCCAACAUCAUCAGGAACAGCAUCGAUAGCAUGCCCCACCACAACGACGAUCACAGCCCCGUGCCCAGCCCAAGUCCAGUGCUUUCACAGUCUGGAUCGAUCAUCGUGCGCAUCAAGAAGGAGGACCUGCCGCCCCUGCACAAGAAGAAGAGCAAGAUGGACCUGUUGGAGGAUUUCGACGACGACAUCCCCAUACCGAUCAAGACAUCACAGCGCAGGACCAGAGUCAGGAAGGAUGGCAUUGGCGCAGAGGUCGAACUAUCCAACAUCUUUGAGAAGAUUGUCGAGAAGCUACGUAACAUGGACGAGUUUGUGGCAUUCCGAGCCAAGGUAAUUCCCAAGAUAGCACCAGAUUACCACUUGGUAAUCAAGAACCCAAUAGACUUAACAACAAUGAGAGAUAAAGUAAGACAUUGGGAUUACAAAUCCAAGAACCAGUUCUUGGACGCGAUUAGACUGAUGAGGUCCAACUGCUUUGAGUAUAACGAGAAGAGGAAUCCACAUCUGUUGCCACUGGCCGAUAAACUUUUGCGCGACACUGAGCAGGCACUCCAGGAAUAUGCCACUCAAAUCGAUACAUUGGAGAAGUCGAUCGCACAGUCAAGACACUCAGACUCCAACUCCAAUCCACAAACACCAAUAUCCAACCCAGCAACACCUCUGAGUCCAUCACUCCACUUCUCUGUCGACUCUCCAUUCUUCCCACCAGUGUCAUACCAGUCUGGAAAGCACGAGGACGAAGACAUUGACAUCAUGUCACUGUCUGGCGUGUCGCCUCCACCACCCCCUGCCCAUCAAUGA